CCCGUGGAUGUGCUGAUGGUUUCUCCUUUGCUUCUCUCGCAGUAUAAAGUGUGGGUGAAGCCGGGCACGGAGCAAUCCUUCCUCUACGGGAACCACGUGCUGAAAUCUGGCCUGGGCCGCAUCACCGAGAACACGGCUCAGUACCAGGGCGUGGUGGUGUACUCCAUGGCAGACGUCCCUCUGGGUUUCGGAGUGACAGCAAAGUCCACCCAGGACUGCCGGAAAGUGGACCCCAUGGCGAUCGUGGUGUUUCAUCAGGCGGAUGUCGGGGAGUACGUGCGGCACGAGGAGACGCUGACUUAGGUGGAGUUGGGAGCACAAAGGCUCCAAAGACUUGGCCGCAUUUGGGACGAACGGACUUUGUUGUGCGAUCAGGACGAAGCCCUGCGAGCCCCUCCAGGCACCUGGGAGGGCUCCAGCAUGGAGCUCCACAAGUAACUGCGACAGGCUCUUGCUGUCCCAGACAGCCGUGUCCCAGUGGUAGUGACUGGUGCGAGCUCUGUGGGUGACCUGGCCAGAGGGAGAUUGCAGGCCCAGCACCCUGGGGCUGGGCUAAUACAAAAUGGGGUUUUCUCUCUAAUAAAAUUUCCCCCUGGCUUGGGCCACA